UUAGCAGGGAUCCUUCCUCUCUAGGGCGAAGCGGAGAAUUUCACCUACGCUACUUCGUGAUCGCGGCGAAAAGGAGGAGUCGGGAAGGCGGGCAAUGGGCGUGGUCAACUCGGAGUCGGCGGGAGGCCACGCCCCUCCCAGAGUGCACCGCGGCCGCCGCCGGUGUGCGCGCCCGCCUCCCGCCGGCAGUGGAGGACCGUCCCGCUAUGGAGGCUCCCGGGCCCAGUGCUGGGCCUUCGAGGCGCGGGCGGCUGAGGCGCCGGCGUCCGCCCCAGCCACACAACGGGUCGGUUUUGGCCCUGCCCUUGAGGCCCAGGAAGGUCCGGAGGCAGCUGCGGAGAAGCGUCGCCUCCCGCAUGGCCGCGCUCAGGGCCCAGGCGCUGCCGAGCGAGGACUCGGAGGACGCGAGGGUGCAGACGGCGGCCGACGCUGUGGGGGACGCGCUGCCCGCGGGCGCGGGGGCGGGAGCGGCCGUGGGACUCGCCGCUGCAGCGCGCCUUGGCCGAGCUGAGCCGCAUCCCCAGCAGCCGGCGCCGGGCGGCGCGCCUCUUCGAGUGGCUCAUUGCGCCCAUGCCGCCGGACCAUUUCUACCGGCGCCUUUGGGAGCGGGAGGCGGUGCUGGUGCGGCGGCAGGACCACGCCUACUACCAGGGCCUUUUCUCUACCGCGGACCUGGACGCGAUCCUGCGCCACGAGGAGGUGCAGUUUGGGCAGCACCUGGACGCCGCGCGUUACGUCGACGGGAGGCGCGAGACCCUGAACCCGCCGGGCCGCGCGCUGCCCGCUGCAGCGUGGUCGCUGUACCAGGCCGGCUGCUCCCUGCGCCUCCUCUGUCCGCAGGCUUUCUCGACCACCGUGUGGCAGUUUUUGGCCGUGCUCCAGGAGCAGUUUGGAAGCAUGGCAGGCUCCAACGUCUACCUCACGCCCCCCAACUCGCAGGGCUUUGCGCCCCACUACGACGACAUCGAGGCAUUCGUGCUGCAGCUGGAAGGUAGGAAAUUCUGGCGUGUCUACCGUCCCCGUGUCCCAGGUGAAGAACUGGCUCUGACAUCUAGCCCCAACUUCAGCCAGGAGGACCUUGGUGAGCCGGUGCUACAGACCGUGCUGGAACCUGGGGAUUUACUCUAUUUCCCUCGCGGCUUCAUUCACCAAGCUGAAUGCCAGGAUGGAGUGCACUCUCUGCACCUUACGUUGUCCACGUACCAGCGCAACACUUGGGGCGACUUCCUGGAGGCCAUUCUGCCCCUGGCUGUGCAGGCUGCAAUGGAAGAAAACGUGGAGUUCCGGAGGGGUCUGCCCCGAGACUUCAUGGAUUACAUGGGUGCCCAGCAUUCGGAUUCUAAGGAUCCGAGAAGAACCGCCUUCAUGGAGAAGGUACGGGUCUUGGUUGCCCGCCUUGGACACUUUGCACCUGUUGAUGCUGUGGCUGAUCAGCGAGCCAAAGACUUCAUCCACGACUCUCUGCCGCCUGUGUUGACUGAUAGGGAGAGGGCACUAAGUGUUCACGGGCUCCCAAUUCGCUGGGAGGCUGGACAACCAGUAAACGUGGGUGCCCAGUUGACAACCGAAACGGAAGUCCACAUGUUGCAGGAUGGGAUAGCUCGCCUGGUGGGUGAGGGGGGCCAGUUGUUUCUCUAUUACACGGUGGAAAACUCUCGCGUUUAUCAUCUGGAGGAACCCAAGUGCUUGGAAAUAUGCCCCCAGCAAGCUGAUGCCAUGGAAUUCUUGCUUCACUCCUACCCAGAGUUUGUGAGAGUAGGGGACCUACCCUGUGACAGUGUGGAGGACCAGCUGUCUUUGGCAACCAUGCUGUAUGAUAAGGGGCUGCUACUCACCAAAGUGCCUCUAGCUCAAAACUAGUUCCUUGUUGAUUGCUGGGAACAAGACAGUAGUAAUUCAGCACUACCACCACCUCCAUUUUGGUUUUGUUUUUAAUUCCUGUUCUUACCUUGAUAGCCAUCAGUAUGAUCACAUUUACCUUUAUGACUUCUUCAAUGUCACAAACCUGUGACGGUCUUCUGGGAAGAAGCACCUCAUCUAGGUACAAAAGUAAAAGCAGAUGUUGGAGGAGGAAAACAAAAGUUAUUUCUGCAGAAGGGAUCUUCAUUUCAGAGCACCAGCUUCGUUCCCCUUAGGCGUCUGUGUACUGUGAGCACUGGUUUUGUCACUGUGCUUGAGACAUUAUAAGUUUCUAUUUGGAAGUUGUAUCUUUCAUUUGCAUUCUCAUUCAGCAGUUUGGGGGAGGAUUGGGGUCAGUAUCAUGUUAAUAAGUUUGUAUGUUAUUAAAAUGCCAAAGAAUGUUUCUCUUUUCUAA